AAGUGGUUUAUUAACCGUCGUUUUUAUCGGUUGGUAAGGACGGGUGUUGUAUUUGAAAUAUCAGAAAAAAAUAAAUAGUAAAUACGAUGUAUUAGAUUUAAGUGUCAAGUGUAGAUUAUCCGUUAUUAAUUAAUUUAUUUUUUAUUUACAGGCCGACAAUCGACUAGAAUUAUUAUAAUGGAUAAUUAUGAUAAACUGGAAAAAAUUGGAGAAGGAACAUAUGGUGUCGUAUACAAAUGUAUGGAACUUUCAUCAAAAGAAAUUGUUGCUGUGAAGAAAAUACGCAUGGAAAUGGAAGACGAAGGUAUACCUGCUACAGCCAUUCGAGAAAUUAGUAUUUUGAAGGAACUCAAUCACCCUAAUAUUGUGAAUUUGCGAGAAAUUCUCAUGGAUGAUUCAAGAUUAUAUCUUGUAUUUGAGUUUGUUCCUAUGGAUUUAAAAAAAUUUAUUGAUUCAAGGCCUAAAAAACAUUUGGAUGAAAUUACUACAAGGUCAUUCACUUAUCAGUUAUUAGUUGCUAUAUACUUUUGCCAUGUGAGACGAAUUUUACAUAGAGAUCUUAAACCACAAAAUAUCUUAAUCGACACUAAGCACAAUAUACUGAAAGUUGCUGAUUUUGGUUUGGGCCGUACUUUUGGUUUGCCAAUACGCGUGUACACUCAUGAGGUAGUCACACUAUGGUACAGAGCUCCAGAAGUAUUGUUAAACACACAACGUUACGGCUGCCCAAUUGAUGUUUGGUCCAUAGGAUGUAUAUUUGCAGAAAUGGCACAAGGAAAACCAUUAUUUCAGGGAGAUUCAGAAAUUGAUCAAUUGUUUCGUAUUUUCAGGAUUUUGACUACCCCAACUGAAGAUACCUGGCCAGGAGUUUCCGAUCUUAAGGAUUAUAAGCCGACUUUUCCAAAAUGGAGUGAUAAUAUGUUGGCAGAUUCUGUUAAAAACCUCAGUUCCGGUGGAGUGGACUUAAUGCGGCAAAUGUUGGUUUAUGAUCCAAGCAAACGAAUCAAUGCAAGAGAUUCACUCCAACAUAGUUAUUUCAAGGAUUUAAAUAAAAAUCUUUUACCAGCUCUUCCUGAGAUUAAGUUUUAAAUGUUUAUUUGCAUGUAUUAAUAAUAAUUUUAAUCGAUGAUUAUAAGUUUUAAUUAUCUUGAUUAUAAAAUACAACUAUACAUUUUAAAGUU